UCCAACUUCAUUGUUGUGGGAGUCACCCCGAAUCCACCGGGCGUGAAGGUCGUCUGCUAGGUUCGGAGCGUGCGCGCGCAACCUGCCGUGCGUUCAGUCGAUCUGUACCUCUCGUCUCACCAGUCGCGCUAACGUCAAACGGAGCCGGCGAACGCGGACGCUUCCAAAAAGCAAUUAAAACAAAUUACACCGUAUCGUGUUAUCGUCACUAGUUCGUCUAGAAGUAAACGAAACAUAGUGUUUCAUCUUUUUUUUUUGUGGAAUCGUUAUCCAGCUGCCUACUCCCGAAUUUUGUGAACAAAUGACAGGCGAUGAUUAGGUACUGAGGAAGAAAUUUCUUCGAAUACUAGUCUUUGUGCUGAACAGACACAAGUGAUGCUUAGUGUUAUUUAGAUUCUAGUGAUAUAAAUCGAAUAAAAAUGUCGGUGGAGACCCAUGAAUACAUUAACGGGCUAAGGCCGGGUCCGCUCACUAGGGAGAUCCCGGAGUGUAUGAGAGACAAAUAUACAGUGCUUCAAUCUAUAAUGGACAUAGCGUUGUUUUUGGCUAUCGGCAUCGCGAAUAUAAUACAAGCUAUAUACAGGACGAUAGUGGGGUAUCCUAAAAAAGACUUAAAGGGUAAAAUUGCUUUGGUGACGGGUGGCGGAGGUGGCCUGGGAAGCCUAAUCGCUCUCCGGCUAGCCCGUCUCGGGUGCACUAUCGUGUUAUGGGACAUCAACAAGCAAGGGCUAGAAGACACCGUAAAGUUGGUGAAGGGCAUUGGCGGGAAAUGCACCGGCUACGUCGUAGACCUGGCGAAAAAGGAGGAUAUUUACCGAGUUGCUAAACAGGUGGAUCGGGAAGUUGGAAAGGUAAAUCUGCUCAUCAACAACGCCGGGGUGGUAUCAGGACGAUACCUGCUCGACACGCCCGACCAUCUCAUACAAAGGACUUUCGAUGUCAACAUUUUGGCUCAUUUCUGGACUGUAAAGGCUUUUUUGCCUUCGAUGAUUGAAAAGAAUGAUGGGCAUAUUGUAACCAUAGCAUCUAUGGCUGGUUAUGUCGGUGUUUCAAAAUUGGUGGAUUACUGCUCAUCGAAGGCGGCCGCUUGUGGCUUCGACGAGUCCUUGAGACUCGAACUCCAAGAUAAGGGUGUGAAGGGAGUUAAAACGUCGCUCAUAUGCCCCUUCUUCAUCAGAUCGACGGGCAUGUUUGAUGAUGUCAAUUCGAGGUUCCUACCCCAGCUGAGCUCGAAUGACGUUGCCGACCGCGUAGUCCUAUCUAUUCGCACGAACGAGCCAUUCGCCCUUAUUCCUGGAAUAUUCCGAAUAAUGAUUUGCCUAAGAUGGUUAGUCCCGUAUCAAGUGGUAGGCGAUUUUAUCCGGUUGAUGAUACCUGACGCGUCGCCGGUGGAUCACGCAGCGAUAUCGCCCUCGCUCCCCACCGUCCCCUCGGACGGAACACCGCACGUGAAACACGAGUCUCGGCCGAUGUCUUUGGUGCCACCCGAGCGACACGAUCGACAAGUCUGAUGUAUAUAGGACCUACUGUAUAUAUUACCUUAGUGCCUUCCUGGGACACCUUUGUUAUAAUCAUUAGGAAGAUGCUGAUCUUGUGAAGAGUUUCGGUAACUGAAACGCCAACGCCACUUAAACUAAGUGCACGUAUUAGAAGAUAUAAUUUGAAAGAUUUGACACAGUAGUCGAAUUUUAUGGGUGCUAAAAAUAUAAAAUUUUUAAUAUUAUUAAAAACGUAUAUUUUUAUCACACAUGAAGUUGUCGACUCCGUAAUUUAAUAGUUUUAUGGUAAACAACUGUUUUUCCUUUGUAAAAAGAUGAGAAAAAAAAUAUCAGCUGAAUAAAUAGCUAAUCCAUAUCUUCAUAUUACAUUUACUUCAUAAUGAGUAAGAGUUUCUUCAAACGGCCAAAAUCACAUCAGAUUAGAAUAGUGUCUUUGAAGAGCUGUACGUUGUUGUACAGCACUUCACAGCGUUGUUGAGUGCGAUACUGUUAAGCGCCGAUCGAUGUUGUACUCAUACGUAUAGAAGUGUUUUAUUGUAUACUAUUUCUUGCGAAUCAGCCAGUUCGGCAAACUAUUGAUAACAUUCUGUUAGUGAUUGUUUUAAACAUUUUAAAAAUUUACACUUUCCAUAGGACUACUGAGUGUAUUUAAAAUUUUUGUGAAACGGGUGCUAGUUAUUAGAAUACCUACUACAUAACGUUAAAUGAAAUAUAUUUUAUCAACUUUGAAUACUAUCUUGAAAGCAAUUUGUCUCAAAUAAUACUAUGACUGAUAGCAAUAUAUUACUUUAAAUCUAAAGAACACAGUCCUCAUUUACAUGUGGGCUUAAGUAAACGUCUAUUUUUAGUUUUGUAUAUUAUGGGGAUAUUUUAUUGUAGAUAAUAAGUUUAUAUAUCAUGGGGCCUUAUAUAUUGGACACUUAAUUAUAUUGAAUAAGUAUCCCUAUAAGUUAAAGAAAGUUUUAAAGUCAUUUGAGUAUAAGGGGAAUGAUUUAGUGUUGAUGAUAUAAGUGUCUGUGAUGAAUAUAAUUCAUGUCACAUUAAUUUCAUACGUGUUAUCCAAAUAGAAGCGAAAACUAACAAAUUAAUAAAAUGUGACAUUAAAGAAAACGCGACUUUGUGAUUUUUUGAAAGAAAACUAUUCUGACUUUAAUAUAUUAUAAUAUGCAAAAUUAAACAAAAAGAUACAUAACGUUUAAAAAAAUCACUAGUUCGCAUUUUUCUCGUCACAUUUUGUUAUAAGGUAAGUUAUUCGUUUACCAAUGGGUAUUAUUUGUAUAUUUUUGUACACAAGAUCUCUGGAAGAAUAGUUCAACUUUAGAAAUGCCACGUUGGGUACAAGCUAUUACAGUUUAUUAAAUUUAUUCAUGCUUAAAACAUAUGGUAACAUUUAAAUUAAAUUAUCUGAUAACUAUUUCGAUUAUUUAUGUUUAAAAUUGAAAAUAUAUUACAGUUAUAUGUUACAGUAUACAGUUUCGUAUAACUCAAUGUGAUGUAGAAAUUACAGUUUUAAUUUUAUUUAUAGAGUACAUAUAUUAAUGAUUUAAAAAAGAUUGUGUAUAUUUUCAUAAAAUUCGUUUGACAACACUUAUUUGCAAUGGAGAAGUAUUUAAAAAAAACAUUAGUUCUAGAAAUCAAACUAGAUGUCGCUACUGUACUUUCUUGAUUUCUCCUUAAUAAAUUAAUUUUCAAAACUCAAUAAGCAAGUUAUAUUCUAUUUGUACUUUUUCCUAUUUGUAUUGAUAUCUAAGUUUUAAACUUUGCAAUUUCACUUUUUUAAUGUUAGUUAAAAGGAACGGAAAUGACUAUCUUUGGUCUAUUCGUUUCCUGCAAAAAUUAACUUUUGCGAGAGUCGCCAUCUAGUGGAGGUGCUUCUUAGUGCUUUUUUUUUCAAUACUUCCUCAUUGUUUUUAAAGGCAAAACGAACCUUUAAUAAUUUAAAAUUAAAUUUACCUUAAUAUGUGUAUAUCUAUUGGUAUUAGUACAAAAUCAUUACUACUAAUGUUUUAGGUCUUUAAACUGAUGAAAUAAAGUUUGAAUAUUUUUUAACUGGAGUGAUGAAAUUUUUGUGAUAAUAAAUAUAUACGUCUAUAAAUUUAUUUGCAUAAAUACAUAUCAGUUCAUCGUUUCAGUUAAUUUACGAAUGUUAAUAUAGAGCUUAAUAUUAGUUUUACAUGAUGAAUUGAUUGAACGCAUUACUGUAAGGUGCACAAAUGCACAGGGUAUCGGUGAUUUAUGUUUUCCAUUUCACAAUAGUCAUUUGGACUAAAAGUAAAAUUUACCAAUAUAAUAUCAAUAAAACUG